UGAAGGAUGUUUCACGCUGCACUGCUAGGACCCAUUGACUUGAGCCAAAGCCCUGACCGGAGAGCAAAGAUCCGCAGGCACAUUAAGAUGGUCAUGGAACAGCUGGAGGAAGUUCUCACUGAGCUCAAGGAUGUGGCGAAAGAACUCCGGGAGGUUGUGGCUCAGAUUGACAAAUUAACAUCAGAUAUUGACCUUGACCUAGAAGAUGACCUGUCGCUGGUGAGCUGCAGCGAGGAUCAUGGGAAAUCAUUAGGCAACCUCUUCCAUACUGAGAUGUUAUCCGACAAACAUGACCUCGGCCACUUACAACACAAUCCUCUGCUAGACACGGCCCGGAACCCAACCACAGCUAAGAAUCGAGAAUUAGACCUCUACAGACGAAGCUGUGGAGACCUACCUGCCCUGAAUGGACCAUUAAAGGCUCCAAACAGUCCAAAAACCUCCUGGGUCUUCGGAUCUGAGAGAAGGAUCCACUACUACGAUAAGACGUUGUACCAUGCAUUAUGCUGUGAUGAUGAUUAUGAUGAAGAUAGAGGUGGUUUGAGAUCAUCAAGGCUUUCGUCCACUGAUUCUGUGUUUUCAUCUUCACCUACACGUUUUCUGACGCCAAGAUCCACUCGUAAGACUUAUUCUAGCCAGGAAUCAAAGAAAACAGCCCUUCGUAGUUGCAGUACCCAAACUGUUUCAGAUAAAAGCACACAAACACAUUUCCCUUACAUUCCAGCCAAGCAAAGUCCUUCAAGUGACUGUAAAAACUGA